AAAAAAAGGUAAACCAAGCCCCCGGCCCCAACCCGCAAAAAAAUGGUACCAAAAAACAAAAAAAAUUCCUCAUCGAUUGCUUAAGUGGGUGUAGCAAAAAAUUGCUUAACCAGGAGAGUCAGAGAGAGGGAGAGGUGUAAAGCAAUGGCGCUCUCCGCGUCUGACCUACCAGCCAUGUUCUCUCUGCUGACCAACUCAUUGAGUGGUGACGAUAGUGUGCGCAAACCGGCAGAGGCGGCGCUCUCUCAGUCGGAGGCCAGGCCUGGUUUCUGCUCUUGUCUCAUGGAAGUCAUAACUGCCAAGGAUUUGGUACCGCGUGUAGAUGUUCGCUUGAUGGCUUCAGUGUAUUUCAAGAAUAGUGUUAAUCGCUAUUGGAGGCACAGGCGUGAUUCCUCGGGAAUCAGCAACGAGGAGAAAAUACAUCUUAGACAAAAACUUUUAUCACACUUUAGAGAAGAGAACUAUCAGAUAGCGCAAAUGUUGGCUGUGCUCGUUUCCAAAAUUGCUCGUAUAGAUUACCCCAAAGAAUGGCCAGAGCUCUUUUCUGUUUUAGCACAGAAGCUUCAAUCAACAGAUGUUCUUUCUUCCCACAGGAUUUUUUUGACUCUCUUUCGAACUUUGAAGGAAUUGUCCACUAAGCGACUUAUCUCAGACCAAAAGAACUUCGCAGAGAUAUCAUCUCAUUUCUUUGAUUAUAGCUGGCACCUUUGGCAGAGCGAUGUGCAAACAAUUUUGCAUGGUUUUUCUACUCUUUCUGAAAGCUACAACUUAAAUACAUUUGAGCAACAUCAGGAUGAGCUUUUUCUAACUUGUGAGCGAUGGCUGUUGUGCUUAAAGAUAAUACGCCAGUUAGUAGUUUCAGGGUUUCCAAGUGAUGCAAAAUGUGUACAGGAGGUUCGGCCAGUGAAGGAGGUCUCGCCUGUGCUCUUGAAUGCCAUUCAGUCAUUUCUUCCAUACUAUUCUUCCUUUCAGAAGGGACAUCCUAAAUUUUGGGACUUCCUAAAGAGGGCAUGUACCAAGCUGAUGAAGGUUUUAAUUGCGAUUCAAGGAAGGCAUCCUUACUCAUUUAGUGAUAAAUGUGUCCUUCCAACUGUAGUCGAUUUCUGUUUAAAGAAGAUAACAGAGCCUGAACCAGAUGUGUUAUCGUUUGAGCAGUUUCUGAUUCAAUGUAUGGUAAUGGUUAAAUGUGUAUUGGAAUGUAAAGAGUACAAGCCAAGUCUCACUGGUCGGGUGAUGGGUGAAAAUGUGGUUACACUGGAGCAAAUGAAGAAAAACAUAUCUGGUGCAGUCAGUGGUGUCUUGACUUCCCUUAUGACAAGUGAACGUAUAGUGGUCUUGUGUAACAUAUUAAUAAGAAGGUAUUUUGUUCUAUCAACAAAUGAUUUGGAGGAGUGGUACCAGAGUCCUGAAUCUUUCCAUCAUGAGCAGGAUAUGGUUCAGUGGACAGAAAAAUUAAGGCCAUGUGCUGAAGCUUUAUACAUUGUUCUGUUUGAAAACCACAGCCAGCUCCUAGGUCCUAUUGUGGUUUCCAUCCUUAAAGAGGCAAUGAAUGGUUGCCCAACUUCAGUGACUGAAAUAACCCCAGGGUUGCUUCUUAAAGAUGCUGCUUAUGGUGCUGCUGCAUAUGUUUACUACGAGCUCUCAAAUUAUCUGAGCUUUAAAGAUUGGUUUAAUGGUGCAUUAUCCCUUGAACUCUCAAAUGAUCAUCCAAAUAUGCGUAUCAUCCAUCGGAAAGUUGCACUAAUAUUGGGACAAUGGGUUUCUGAGAUUAAAGAGGACACAAAAAGGCCAGUUUAUUGUGCUUUGAUCAGAUUGCUACAGGACAAGGACCUAUCUGUUAGGUUGGCAGCCUGUAGGUCUCUGUGUUUGCAUAUUGAAGAUGCUAGCUUUUCAGAAAGAGAAUUCAUUGACCUUCUCCCUAUCUGUUGGGAGUCAUGUUUUAAGUUGAUUGAGGAGGUUCAGGAGUUUGACUCAAAGGUUCAGGUUUUGAACUUGAUUUCUAUUCUUAUUGGACACAUGAGUGAAGUUAUGCCAUUUGCAAACAAGCUGAUUCUAUUUUUUCAGAAGGUUUGGGAGGAAUCUUCCGGUGAAUGUCUUCUGCAGAUUCAACUUCUUGUUGCUUUGAGAAACUUUGUGGUUGCACUUGGCUUCCAGUCGCCAAUUUGCUAUGACAUAUUACUGCCUAUUCUGCAAAAGGGAAUUGAUAUAGAUAGCCCGGAUGAACUCAAUCUUCUAGAGGACAGCAUGCUGUUAUGGGAAGCCACACUUUCUCAUGCUCCUUCGAUGGUGCCUCAACUACUAGCAUACUUCCCGUGUGUAGUAAAAAUCAUGGAAAGAAGUUUCGAUCAUUUGCAGGUUGCUGUCAAUAUAACUGAGGAUUACAUUAUCUUAGGCGGAUCUGAAUUUCUAAGUAUACAUGCUUCAAGUGUUGCUCAAAUUCUAGAUCUGGUUGUUGGAAAUGUCAAUGAUAGAGGACUACUUUCAACUCUUCCUCUCAUUGAUAUUCUAAUACAGUGUUUCCCGUUAGAAGUGCCCCAAUUGAUCAGCAGUACAUUACAAAAAUUAAUUGUUAUAUGUUUGAGUGGAGGCGACGACCAAGAUCCUUCUAAGACAGCUGUUAAAGCAUCUUCAGCUGCCAUCCUGGCAAGAAUUUUGGUCAUGAAUACCAAUUACCUAGCCCAUUUGACAUCAGAACCAUCACUUUUGUUGCUCCUUCAGAGUUCGGGUAUCCCAACUGAGGAAAAUGUACUUCUUUGUCUUGUUGACAUAUGGCUUGACAAGGCAGACAAUGUAUCUUCCAUCCAAAGGAAGACGUAUGGCUUAGCUCUUUCUAUAAUUCUGACAUUAAGACUUCCUCAAGUCCUCAACAAACUUGAUCAGAUCCUGAGGUAUGAGUUUCACCAUGAAUUCGGUCAAUCAUCUCUUUUCUGUUUGUUGGAUGAUCUUUAUAAAAUGUUGCUUAUUUAUACAUGCAGUGUGUGUACAACUGUAAUUUUGGGUGCCAAUGAUGACUUAACAGAGGAGUCAAGUGGUGAUAAUAUAACCUCCAGCGGAUCCCUUAGUAAGGGCACCAUUCCGAGUAAAGAAUUCAGAAGAAGACAGCUCAAGUUUUCAGACCCUAUCAACCAAAUGUCUCUAGACGCUUCAGUGAGGGAAAAUCUUCAAACAUGUGCUACCCUUCAUGGAGAAUCUUUUAAUAAGGCCAUUGGAUGCAUGCAUCCCUCAGCAUUUUCACAAUUAAAGCAGGCAUUAAAGAUGGCGUAGCUGGCUUUCAUACCUUUUAUGAUUCUAAUUGAUUGGUGGUUUCGUGUUCAAGCCCUUCAUAUUUUCCUUGUUCUCCAAUGUGAAAACGAUAUGAGGUGAAUGAAGUUUGAAGCUUCCGGAUUGCUGGUCCCUAUAUUCAUUGGUUUUUAAAGUUUUUUGGGCUGGAUUUUGAUGUCCGAUUGUAUCUUGAAUUUCAUUUGCAUAUGCUCUCUUAGGCAACAAGAGACUGUAUAUAGCAUGUCAAUCUUUCGUCCUUGGAUGUGAGGUGCACAGGGUUUUACGGCAUUGAUUCCAUUGUCAUAUGAAAUUGAAAAUUAUAGAAAUGAGAAAAGAAAAAAGAAAAAAAAUACACGGAAAAGCGAUUCAUGAGCAA